AUGCAGAGAGCCACUCUCACGGAAAUUGCAAACUACAUCAAUGCAGAUAUUCUCCUCCAGAACCAACAAAACACAUUGGCCAAUAAGGGAAGUCCAAUUUCUGCUGGUAGUUACAAGUUUAUGUUAUCAACAUUAGGAAAGGUUAUCACUGGAAGAUUGGAGCAUUUUCAAAGAAUAUUGGAAAGUGAGCAAGCAGUGAUUGGUGAUAAUAUUCAUCGGGUACCUCAAGUUGAGUUAUUUACAGCUAAGGAAAAGGGAUUAGAAAAAGAUGUACUCGUUCUGAAAUUAACUCACAAGCUAGUCGACCAAUUUACCUUUCCUUAUGAAAAGGAUCCAGUUGAUGAUGGAGAAAAAUGUAUGAAAUAUAUUAAACUUCUCCAAUCAUUCCGUCAUGAUAAUAUAAUUCAUCCAGAAAAGGUGAUACCAAUUGAUGAUGGUCUGACCUAUUUUUUGUAUCCAAACGGAGACAUGCAACUUUCAUUGGUUGAUGCCAUUUUGGAUGGUUUGCUUAAUAAUGAGCAGAGAAAAUUUGUAUUUUUCCAAAUCGUUUCCGCAAUUAAUGAAAUCCAUAAGGCUGGAAUGGUUCAUCAGUGUCUUCAUAGAUUUGCCGUCGAUCCUCAUUUAAUUGUUAUUGGUGAUGGUUGUAAAGUUGGUUUAUUUGAUCUCACCAGUGUGUCCAUUGAAGAUGAUUCAAACAAUGAUAUUUACAGUUAUACUGCAACACCACGAAGAUCCAUUGAAUUUCCUGGUGGAUCUAUGACACCAAGAAGAAAUUCUAUACUUGAAUCGCCAAGAAGCUCAAUCAUUUCCUCACCAAAAUCCCCAAGAACUCCAAGAAGAUCAUCCUUUGCAAGCCCAAGCAAGAAUUACUCUAGAGAUUAUUUGUUUGCGACAAAGAAUGAACGAAUUUUCAGAGAUGUCACCGGUGGCGAUAAUAACAGAAGAGUCAACAACGUUUGGACCCUGGGAACCAUUUUUGCCUUCCUUCUCAGAGGAAUCCCAAUAUUUAAGGGAUCUACAUCAACAGAAAUCUGGGAAUGUAUUGUAAAACUGUUUGGAAAACCAACUGAAAAUGACUGGUGUGACCAACAAUUUAAUGUCAAAAACCAUGUCACAACAUUGGUAACAGAAAAGGGAUGGGGAAUGACUGAAGAUGGCUCUGCAAACUUUGUUUUUGGAUCCUGUACAGAUGAGGAACUUGACUUGUUGAGAGGAAUGUUGAACAUUAAUCAAGAAGAGAGAUUGACCACUGAACAAAUACUUCAACAUCCAUACUUUGAGGAGUACAGAGAUUUAGUUCCAAAGUACAACACAUUUACAACAUUUGCCCAAGGUUUAAAGGAUCCAAAUGAUUGUACAUUGGUAGUCUCAGGAUCCAAUAUGAACAACCAAACUGGUAUGCAAAAUUGCAUUCUUCACCCAACUCUUGGGUUUUUGGACGAGGAAAAUUCAGUAUUUGAAGACAUACCAAAUAUUAAGAAAGUGUGUUGUGCUGCUUCUAGCACCAUGCUUUUGAGUGAAACAGGUCGUGUAUAUAUUCUAGGAGGUCCAAAGGAUUCAUCAUUGAUUGAAUUUGAUUUGGAUAAUAUUGAAGAUAUUGAUUGCAAUGGAAAUGAGCAAUCAUGUCAUUACAUUAUGAAGAGAAAUGAUGGAAAAUUGUUUGUAUAUGGCUCAAAUCAGUUUGGUCAAUUAGGUCAAGGUCACAAUAUGGAUGUAAAUACUCUUUGUGAAGUUGUUUGGGAUGAAGAAGUGUUUGUCUCCAAUAUAGCAGCAGGCAAGAAUCAUACAGUUGUUUUAGCCAAUAAUGAUUUGUAUGCUUGUGGUUCAAACAAUCACAAACAACUUGGUAUUGAUGACCAUAGAGAGUUCAUUCCAUCCAUGACUAAAGUUGCCACAUUUAAGGGUGAGCAACUCAAAGAUAUUAAAUGUGGUGAAAAUCAUACUAUAAUUUUGACCGAAUCAGGAAGAGUAUUUACUUGUGGUGAUAAUAGAAAUGGUCAGUGUGGUUUUGAAAGAAUCAAGAAGGUUUGUGUGCCAUCAGAAUUGCCAUUGAAUUUGUUCAACAGAACCCCAAUAGUUGCUAUUGCUGCAGGUGCUAACCAUUCAGUGUUUGUCAAUGGUCAAAACUUUGUCUACACUGUAGGAAGUAAUAGUAAGGGCCAAUUGGGAACUAAGACUGAACUGCCAUCAAGUUGUAUUCCUCUCAAGAUUAAUUUCCAACCACAACAUAAUGACUUUGAUAUGCAUCCAUUAAGUAGAAGAGAAAUUGAAAGUGUGUAUGCCAAAUUCGAUCACACUUUGUUUGUGGGAAUUGAUGGUAGAGUCUUUGUUUCAGGCGAUAACAGUUAUCAAGAGUUAGUCAGUUGGCCUUAUCAACAAGGAUUUUACUUUUAUCAUGACAUUCCAAUCGCAGUCGAUAUUCCAGUAGAAAUUUUGAACGUCUCAUGCCCAAAUCUUGACAACACAAAUUUGGGAUUGAAGAUCAAAUCUGCUAGUUUUGGAGAGCAUCACAUGUUUUUAAGUUUAACAAAAUAAAUUCAUUGAUUGUAUUAU